AUAUUCGAGGGUUCUAGAGAGAGAGAGGGGACCGGUCACCAUGCCAGCUCCAGACGCAGACCGCCACAGGGUCAGGGCUCGACCGGCGGUCCGAACCCGAGUCCCACUCCGGCAACUCCUCCGAGUGGCAUCGGUCGCGUGUGGAAUCCAAUUCGGUUGGGCCCUACAGCUCUCGCUCUUGACCCCGUACGUUCAAGAGCUCGGAAUCCCUCACGCUUGGGCCAGCGUCAUAUGGCUCUGUGGGCCUUUAUCGGGCCUUGUGGUCCAGCCCCUUGUGGGCCACAUGAGCGACCGCUGCACUAGCCGAUACGGUCGCCGGCGCCCAUUCAUCGUCGUCGGAGCGGCCUGUAUCGCCGUCUCCGUUCUAAUCAUCGGUUUCUCCGCCGAUAUCGGUUGGUUGCUCGGCGACAGAGGCGGCGGCGUCAGGCCCAGAGCCAUCGCCGUGUUCGUGUUCGGGUUUUGGAUUCUGGACGUGGCCAAUAAUGUGACUCAGGGUCCUUGUAGAGCUCUCCUCGCUGAUCUCACUGAAAAGGAUUAUCGAAGAACUCGAGUAGCAAACGCUUAUUUCUCUCUGUUUAUGGCGGUUGGCAAUGUUCUUGGCUAUGCAACUGGAUCAAUAAGUUACUUGUUCAAGGUUUUUCCAUUUUCAAUUACCCCAGCAUGCAAUGUUAACUGUGCAAACCUCAAGUCUGCUUUCUUCGUCGACACUGCCUUUAUUGCAAUUACUACGUGGAUAAGCAUAUCAGCAGCUCAGGAAACACCUCUGGGUUCAAGUAACAGAACUACACCCUUUGCUGAUGAAGGGCCAGGACAGUCAAGUCAUAUCGAAGAAGCUUUUCUCUGGGAGCUGUUUGGGACUUUUAGAUAUUUCCCAGGGUCUGUAUGGUUAAUCCUACUUGUUAUUGCUCUAAACUGGAUUGGGUGGUUUCCAUUUCUUCUCUUUGAUACUGAUUGGAUGGGUCGAGAGAUUUAUGGUGGCAAGCCAAAUGAAGGGAUAAAUUAUAGUACUGGUGUUAGAAUGGGAGCUCUUGGUUUGAUGUUGAAUUCGGUUAUUCUUGGUAUAACCUCAGUGCUUAUGGAGAAGCUUUGCAGGAAAUGGGGGGCUGGUUUUGUGUGGGGAAUUUCAAGCAUUCUCAUGACUCUUUGCUUUUUCGCAAUGCUUGUUAUUACAUUUGUGAACAAGAGUAUUGGUGUUGGGGGCCAUGAUUUACCUCCAGAUGGUAUUGUGAUAGCUGCACUGGUUGUUUUUGCAGUUCUCGGUAUUCCAUUGGCGAUCACAUACAGUGUUCCGUAUGCUUUGGUUUCUUCUCGAAUCGAGUCUUUGGGACUUGGCCAAGGUUUAUCAAUGGGUGUACUGAAUCUGGCAAUAGUAAUCCCACAGGUGAUCGUAUCACUAGGAAGUGGACCUUGGGAUCAGCUAUUUGGUGGUGGAAAUGUUCCAGCCUUUGCCGUGGCAGCAGUUGCAUCCUUAGCCAGCGGCCUGGUGGCCAUCUUGGCAAUUCCACGUUCUGCUGCUCCUAAGCCCCGAGCUGUCACAUGAGG